AUGGGAUGGAUAAUGAAGAGAGCAAACGUCGAGGAUGUUAACCUUGUACGGCAAGGCAAGUCUGAAGAACAGCGCGUAAAACCACUUCUGGAAAUCAUUUCUAGGCAACAUGACCGACCAGUCGUCAUGGAAAAUUGGCAGGGCAGGCGUGUACCAGUUGUAUCCGAUCAAAGGAAAAAUCGUGUCCUUGAGAGCAUUUCUUUGUCUGUGAUACAUUGA